AUGGUGAUUCCAGAAUUCGACCCUUGUUCUGGGGGAGAUCCUGUUCUAACUUCUUCCAGUCAAUCAUCGAGUAGCUCUCAUAAACAUAAAGGAGGAUGUUGCUCUACUAAUAAGACUUCAGAGUCAACUACAUAGUCAUGUUGCCAGGGCAAUUCUUGUGCCUGUGCUAGUGAAUAGAUUGAUACUACAACUAAGUCCACUUAGGAUACUAAACCAUCUAAGCAAGCCACAGUGGUUGAGGAUAUAAAAUUCAGAUGCUUCAAGUGCAAGACAAAGAGAGCCAACUUUACCACCAAGCAGGACAAGGUAUGUCGGGAAUGCUUCCUAGUCAUGUUUGUGCAUAGGUUCAAGUCAUCUCUAAGAAGUAACCUAAAGAUUUGGAAAGAUGAUCUUAACUUGAUAUGUAUUUCAGGAGGAUCUAAUUCGAUGGCUUUGAUAGAUUUAAUGUAUUAGAGUCUGUUUGGAACUGUAUCAAAUAGAAAGAUGUUUUUCAGAGUUCAUAUUCUCUACAUUGAAGAAGGAAGUGUAGUUUAUGGUUGGGAUGAGGAAAAAAGAGAGAAAAAUAUUUAGUUCAUUAUAGACGCCUGCAACAGAUACAACUUUACUUACACCAUUCUACCACUAGAGUAUGUAUAUGAUAUCAGCGAUGAGAUCGAUUUGAGAUAGAUUGAUGGGGAAACUGUAUAAAAAAUAGAGGAAGAGAAGAAGCAAGAUGAACUGGCUCAUUCCACUCCAACUGGCCAAGAUGAGAUAGUAAAUAAAGUCUUAGAAGUAGAUGAUAUUCUUGAAAAGAGACAGAAAUUAAUGACAUUAAUUGAGAGUCUUCCAACUCAUUCAAAUUUCAGAGAAGACCUCAUAUUCUACUUAAAGAGAUGGGUGAUAUCUUCAUUUGGUUUAAAGUACAACUACAAAAAGAUUUUACUAGGGACAAGUGGGCAUAAGGUCGCUACUUAGCUUCUAUCAUAAUUAGCUAAAGGAAGAGGUUCUUCUAUAGCUCAUGAAAUCAGUUACAUUGAUGACAAGAACUUCGGUGGCAGAAUUACUUUCAUGAAUCCAAUGAGAGAAUUUCUUCACAAGGAGAUUGCCCUUUACAACUAUUUGCAUAAAGUUGACAUUAUUCAACAAAGAUCAUUAGCUUAGAUCAAUAACCCAUUUACAAAUUCUCCUGCAUUCGGAUCUGCAGACUAUCUGAUAGAAAAGUUCUUUGAUAGACUAUAGGAUAAAUUCAAUGUUAAUACUGUGCCAACUGUUGUCAAACUUACUAACAAACUGCUCAAGACUGAUUUCAAAGAUGAGAGCAAUCCGUACCCCUUCUGCCCAUUAUGUUUUGGAAUCAGAGAUAAGAUCAAUAAUUUGCUUGAAAUGGGCUCCACAAUAAAGUCAAUUAAAAUUAAAGAAGAUGGCACAAAUGAAGUAGAAAGUAUAAAGAGCAGUUCAGAUUGGCUAAGCUCUGAAUUGGAGCAAGCAUUUUGCUUCGGUUGCAAGCGUAUGGGAAUUAUGGCUUCAAAGAAGGAAUAGUUUGUUGAGUUUUUACCAGCAGUAGUUAAAACUAAUUGCCAUAGAACACUAAGCACAAUAUAGAGCACUCUAUGA